AUGCAAUAUCUCAGUUUAGUUUCGUACCGUAGCCUUAAGACAGAAGUAGGUCGUACAACAAAGCCCCGCUUAUAUAUUCCGUAUAUCAAAUGUUAUAUGUAUGUUUGUUUUGUUACAGCCGAUCCUCUCCCCGGUAAGCACGUGCCGUUGGAGAGCUAUGAAAGUGAACUGGAAAGAGAACAUGCUUUACCCACGUCCGUACCGAACGCUGACAUACUCAAGACUAACAGCAAUCCUACCUACCACAAGCCCAGGCCGCCAGCCCACCACGGCGCCUCAUUGCUUGCUGGCGUGGGUGCUGUACCAUCAUACGCUCCACCGGGCAGAGCAUUCUUCACACCACCAUUGCCGCCGGAGUAUAGGAAUAACCCGUUCGCUGAUAAGCCGACACUUAGAGGCACAAACACAGAUGGGAACAGUUAUCUCAACAGACGGCCUAUACCACCACCCUCUCUCGGACCAGGUCAUGAACGGAUCCCUAUUAGACCGCCCGGACAGGAAACGUCCUCGCCGCAAGUGCCGGCUCCCCCGCCCGCGCCGCCCCUCCCGCCAGUCGGACUCGAGCCGAAGAAAAAAGCACUGAACACUCCUAGCUUUAAGCCCGACGAGUUGGACGGUGAUAAACAUGGUACGGAUCAGGCGAACUUCACGGAUUUUGUACCGAAUUCGCUGAACAUCCCAACUAUUUCGAGGAUACUAUCCGGCUCGAAUGGUAGGAAAGAAGAUAUUCCCGAUGUUCUUCUGAGAACGGUUACUGCGAAGCCUCAACACAGUCCGGAAAAAACAUCCAAGAGCGAUAUAUUUGUGAUGAAAGACGCUGGUGUUACACUCAGUGAUACUAACAAGGAUAGCUCAACGGAAGGCGUGCUAGCAGUUCUUGAUCCGGACAUGAAUAACUUAGAUAGGCCUUUGAUUAUAGAACAAAAUAGCGAGACCAACACUAGAAGAAAUCUGCAGUACGCCACAAACAAACAGGCGGAUAGAAAUGACAGUAGAAAAGAUGAUUACACACCAGCUACAACAAUGGGCUUUGAACUUAGCGAUCCUGAAAUGUCCACUGAGAGAUAUCACAACUUAGCGAACGUUAAUUCAGAUAAGAAGAUUCUGAAACACGACAAGAGCAAUGGUCCAGUACAAAGUCCGAGUACAACAUUAGAUCUAGCGUGGAAUGUUCACAUAUAUUCAUCCACAUUCAUGUUUACUAUACUAGCUGGUUUCUCAAUAUUCAAGAUCAUCAAAUACGAUAAAACCACACAUCUCUUCAAUCAGUACUAUUUCAUAAUAAUUCACUUGAUACUAGUAUUCGUCUGUCUCAUGAGAAUAUUCUACAUGUUCUAUGAUCCUUACAACAUUAACUACUCACUUCCUGUAUUCAUAAGCGAGAUUCUUCUUCACGUUCCCGAAAUAUUUCUCAGCAUAGCAUUCGCUUCAACAAUUUUAUUCCUCACGACCAGAUUCAAUUUCAAGCCAUCGUGCUGCGCGUUUCUGUUUCGUUCUAGAACUGUAAUAGUAGGCGGUAGUAUACAUUUAUUGUUCUGUGUAAUGUUGCAUAUCCUUGAAAAUAGUAAUACAAUUAUUAGGACCCACCAGGGCGUCGAAAAAAGGGUAUUAGGUCUAACUUGUCAAAUAAUAUUUAUCAUGGCAUGCUUAACUCUCGGGCUAUGCUACCUCUACGUGUAUAAAAUGCUUAAAGCAGUUUUGAAAAAGAAAAGUCACACUUAUGUUCACGGCAACCAAAAUCUCUACCAGGCUAUCCACAUUAACUUGGCAACGGCCUUGCUUUUCCUUUUAAUGGCAAUCCUACAGAUUUAUGGUACAGUUAGCAUAUAUCAAGUUACUAUGACUAAAUUCGAUUGGAUACAGUGGGGCUAUCAGUUCUCGUUGCGUUUGAUCGAGAUCAGCGUUAUAGCCCUUAUAUCCUGGGUGAUAAGUCUGAAACUCGACGAUCAAAUAUCUGGAAUGAAUAUAUUCCCUUGUACGGCGGGAUCUAGUAAUGAGCAAUUUGAAUCAGACUAUCCAGCCGUAUGUAAUGCGAACACCAAUCUCCAUACAUACACUCUUAGAACAGGUAAACCAAUUUACGAGACCGCUGGUCCGCAUCCCAGUAUACCCGAACAAUGCUAUCCCAUAGAACAUCCGAGGUAUCAGUUAAAUACAUUAGCUGUUAACUGCGAUAAUAAUUCGGGCAACGAAAACUAUUCCGGUAAUAGUUCAAUCGCGAACGCUGCUCACAGUAGUUCAACAGAAUCUAGUAAUGCUCCAUCCAGCCAGGGCGUGACCAAUCAUCUGAUCAAACACCAUCCCAAUAUGGCAGGUUACAAUGGGAUAGAAUCUGCAUCAGAUGAUCAUUAUUCCAACUGCGAUCCCGCGCUUCAAUCCCUACAAGGGGACGAUCCCUUGGAACACGAAUAUAACUUCAUCCAAUACGGCAGCAACAGCGAUUUCAUUCGCGACGCUAAAAAUCCGAAUUAUAACGGCUCUAAUCGUAGUUCACAUAAUUUCAAACACAUGUCCUACGACCGCGUCUCGUCUAGGACGAAUAGCAAUCCUCGCAAGAAGCAAAGGGCGAAGAAUAAGAACGUCCAAAAUUCUAUGACCAUGGGCUACGAUCAGGCCAUGAGUCACCACUAUCACCAACCCCACAUGCCUGAUGAGUACGGCAAUUAUAACGCAGAGAAUGCCUCCUACCACGCAUCGGGCAUUCAGACUUUAAACCCAAACAGGAGCUACGAAGGCCCCUGCCAUCAGAUCAGGUCGUCCCAACGUCGUAAUUCACCAUCAGCCUCAAUAGUGAACUCUAGCGGAAGUCAGAAACGUGGUAAAAUCCCCGGCUUCCCCGAUAGACCGAAGUCUACAGACUUAUACGGUUUCUCUGAGGAUCCAAACGAUAGAAAUCAUCCUUGUAGCUUAGGUACUCCUCAACCAGCGCCUAGGAAUUGUAGUUACGAAGCGGCCUAUUCCCAGCCACAGGACGGGUUAAACCCGGACGAGGGUCCUAGUAUGUUGGUCGCCCAAGACGGUUUCGUUAGGUUUAGGCCACUGGAUGGCCCCUCGCAAACCUGA